AAACCUGCCUUCUAGGUCUCUUACUGCCAAAAGUCUGCUUUUCAAGGUCUGCCUCUUAGGGAACCUCAGCUCAGGUGCAUUUUUCUCUUAGUGUUGAAACUAUUUAAUUGCCUGUGUUGACGUCCACUUUGUCUAGGGCUUUUAUUUCCAUGUCGGCUGUCCAUCCUGCUUUGGAGCUCAACUUGGAGGCGGACGGCUAACAUCCGGUUGCAUAGAGAUCCGGUCGUGGGAGCGCUGGCAAGCCGCUGGCCCACCCGGACCCGGGCCCUUCCUGGUCCCAGGCGGCUGCCGUGCAUCACGUGGCUGAGGACGCUUGGUGGCAGGUAAAGACAACAUUUUGCUAAUGAGUAAAGUGAGAUCAUCCAGUGAGUCUGAGGAGAUAUGGGAACCAGAGGAGGAUGACAUGACAGAAGGUGAUCUAGGGUAUGGCCUCGGAGGAAGACCUGGUGGUCUUUAUGAAGUGGGGGUUUCACAUUCCCUUACAUCUAGAAAAAGAUCAGAUGAGAAGAACUUGAGCCCUACUCCCCUUCCAAGAAAGAGGGAGGAAAGAGAUGGAGCCAUACUCCAGUAUGCCAAGAGCAGGGGUUUUCAAGACACAUGCCCUCAAGGCUCCAGAGUUUUCAGUUACAGCCGGCAAAGCAGCACUGAUUCUAAUUCAGAAUUGUCAAAUGAACAACUAAGGCAAUGUCUUCGUGAAACUUUAGAGGAAGUAGAAAUUUUAAAAACUGAACUUGAAGCAUCUCAAAGACAACUUGAAGCUAAAGAAGAAGCAUUGAAAAUCCUUCAAAGCAUGGCUGUACUUGGCAAAGCCACAAGUCACACCCAGGCAGUGCUUCAAAAAACUAUAGAACAAAAGAGAUCCUUGGAGAAGGAAAUAAAUGCCUUGCAAUGGGAAAUGGAAUUUGAUCAGGAUAGAUUUAAGACUAUAGAAGAAUCUUGGACCCAGAAAUAUGACAGACUAAACUGUGACAAUGCAGUCCUCAAAGAGAAUUUGAAAGUGAAAACAGAAGAAAUUAAAAUGCUCAAGUCUGAAAAUGCUGUUUUGAAUCAGCGGUACUUGGAGACACUCGCCAUGCUUGAUAUCAAACAGCAGAAGAUGGCUCAGGAAAACAUGGGUCAGGACGAAAGCGGCUUUACAGAGGUAUCAAGUCUUGAGCUUGCAGUCCUCGGAGCCUGCCUGUGUCAUGGUCCUGGAGGGAGCCCCUGCUCUUGUGCCAAAAUGGCAGCAUCUACUCGGAAGCUGGUUCUUCAGCUCAGACACAAGCUGGAACUUUUGCAGAAGAGUAAAGAGGAAGCUCACAUAAUGGCAGAUGCAUUCAGAAUUGCGUUUGAGCAACAAUUAAUGAGGAAAAAUGACCAGGCACUAAGACUGGCCCAAGUGGAUAAGAUGGGUAAAAGAGCGGCAAGCUGGAUCAGUGGAUCUCCAUCACAAAGGUGUAAGAAGACCUUAGGGCAGAAACUGCUGGAUAUAUUCCCUUCAGAAAACAGUUCUAAGAGGGCUGAAGCCCAGGACAACCCACAAGAAGCCUUUAAGAUACUGAUAGAUUUGCUGAAUGAUAAAGAAGAAGCUUUGGCUCAUCAAAGAAAGGUUAGUUACAUGCUGGCUCGGGCACUGGAAGACAAAGACACUGCCUCAGGAGAGAAUAAAGAAAAAAAUCCUGCAAAAGAGAAUUUCCCACGUAAAAAUGCUUGGGAGAAAACCUCAGAACUCUCUGUUUUGCAUGAUCCAGCACAUCCCAAUAUCCAAAUUUUUGACUUUGACCCUGUGGGCUGCAUUUGUUCAGUUCAGCAAACACAAAUACAGUCAAACUGCUUAAGAACUCUUAAAAGAUCCUAUUCUCUGCCAGCAAGUAUAUUUUGAAGAUAAACCAGUUGAAGUAAGAAUUAGAGUUAUUAAAAAAAUCAAGAAAUUUUUUGAAGCUGGAGAUGUGGCCAAGAGACAGGGCACUUGCUUAUUAUGCGUGAGGCCCUGGGUUUGAUGCCCAGCAUUGCAAAGAGACUUUGAAAAGUACAUUGGAUGUUGUGGAGGUUCAUACUGUAAAUCCCAACACCUAAGGCAGGAGCAUUGUUCUAAAUCUCAGGGCAAGCUGGAUUAUAGUGAAAAAAAAGAAAGGAAAAGGAUUAUCUUAAUGUUGAUAAUAUUAAGAAAUUGAGCCAGGUGUGGUGGUGCACACCUUUAAUUCCAGCACUUAGGAGGCAGAGGCAGACAGAGAUCUCUGUAAGAUCAAGGCUAGCCUGGUCUACACAGUGAUUUCCAAAUUUCCAGGCCA